CGACGAGGGCGACGGGACUGUACGCGGCCGUCUUGGCGGCCAUCAUCGCAUUCAGAUCCGGAAUGGAGGCCGUCAACACCCUCAUGAAUGCCCUCUGCUCUCUCCUCGGCUUCCCUUCGGUCACCAUCCAGUACCUGUUGUCGUAUCUGUUCGUGCCGGUGUCGCUGGCGAUGGGGGUGAGCUGGGAGGAAAGCAGGAAGGUCGGGGAACUGGUGGCCGUCAAGACUUUCUUCGACGAAUUCAUCGCUUAUCAUCAACUGGGGGAAAUGAAGAGACGGGGUCUCCUUUCUAAUCGCAGCGUAUCCAUAGCGACGUACGCGUUGUGCGGAUUCUCGAACCUGGCAUCGCUGGGGAUGAUGGUGGCCAUGUUGGCGGCUCUCAUGCCUCACAGGAGACACGUCACCUCCAAGCUGGCGUUCCGAUCCUUCGUGGCGGGCUCCAUGGCGUGCUUCCUCACCGCUUCCGUCGCCGGUGGGUCCGCUCUUUUCAAAGUGCUAUCCCUCUUCUUCGUUUUCCUCUUCACCGUUCUCACGCUAUAG